UAUCGAUAACGAUAGGCCUAGAUAAAUACCGCCUACCGAUAUCGAAGAAUAUCGCCCGGUAGGUUAGCAAAUUUUUGCACAUAAAGUUUGGCAAUAUGUCCUCUCCAGCGCCAAAGUCACCCGAGCUCUCGGAUAAAAGCAAGAAAUAUGACAGGCAAAUCAGGCUGUGGGGCGAACAUGGGCAGACACUUUUAGAGGCUGCGACUAUUUGUUUGGUCAAUGUUACGGCCGUGGGCUGUGAAACUGCCAAAGGAUUGGUACUACCCGGUAUCGGUGGCUUUACUGUGGCUGAUGGCACUACCGUCAAGGAGGAGGAUCUGGGCAACAAUUUCUUUUUGGAUCAGAGCUAUCUGGGCAAAUCCAAAGCUUUGGCUUGUAUGCAACUACUUCAGGAACUCAAUCCGGAUGUGAAUGGCGACUAUGUGGAGGAGAGUGCAGACUAUAUUUUAGCCAAUAGACCCAACUUCUUUGACGGCUUUGAUUUGGUAAUUGCAUCUAAUCUGAAUGAGAAGACUUUAUUGCAUUUGGCUGAACGUUUGUGGGAAGUGAAUGUGCCCCUGAUAUACUGCCGUUCGCUGGGCAUGUUAGGCACCAUAAGACUGCAAAUUCGAGAGCAUUGUAUCGUGGAGGCGCAUCCGGAUAACAGACAGUUUGAUCUGCGUCUAGAGCACCCAUUCGAUGCUCUGCGAGAGCACCUCGAAGGCACCGAAGUGACCAGUAAAGUUCCUUGGCUACUGGUCCUCCACAAAUACCUGAAUGUCUGGCAGAAGCAACAAUCGGACGGUGCUCAGACCCCCAGAAAUUAUAAGGAGAAGAACCAAUUGAGGGAGACCAUUAGGGAAGAAAUGAAGGCAGAAGAGGAAAAUUACGAAGAGGCCAUAAAGGCAGUCAAUACAGCAUUUGGUGCGGGACAGGUUCCCAAGGGUCUUAAAGGCAUAUUCGAGGACGAUGCAUGUGAACAGUUAAACAAGAAGAGCAAUGUCUUCUGGAUCAUGGCCAAAGCUCUAAAGCAUUUUGUGAUACAUGAGAACGAGGGUCAUCUGCCGCUGCCUGGUGUUUUACCGGACAUGACGGCCAACACGGAUUCUUAUAUCGCCCUUCAGCACAUCUACCGUCAACAGGCGCUGCAAGACGCCGACCAGGUAUACCAUAAGUGCCAGGAAUACUUAAAACAGCUCGGCCUCCCCGCCGAUAGCAUUGAUGAGAGGAGUGUGCGUCUGAUUUGCCGAGAAGCAGCCGGACUAUCGGUCAUAAGAGGCACACGAAUAGCAGAGGAAUACGAAAAGAGCAGUCGCCUGCUGUUAUUAGUUGAGGACAACGAGCUGCAGGGCGAUCUAACAUCUUACAACUUUGCGCUGCGUGCUUACGAGAGAUUUCUCAGUGAGUGUGGCAACAUUCCCGGCGAAUGUAUCGUAGAGCAGGACAUUGGACGCUUGAAGAGCAUUGCCGCCAAGAUGCUUAGCGACUUGGGCAUGCACGCCAGCAUCAGCGACGAUGUGCUGCACGAGAUUUGUCGAUAUGGCGGCGCCGAGUUGCAUGCAGUGUCCGCUUUUAUAGGUGGCUGUGCUGCCCAAGAAGUGAUCAAGAUCAUUACCAAACAAUACAAGCCCAUCGAUAAUACUUUUAUAUACAACGCUAUAACUACAGAGAGUGUCACGUUGAAGCUAUAAAUAAAUCAUAUUUUCAUAGAA